UCAACUUCCUGAAAGCACCGGGAUUUGGAAACCACACGUUUGCCACAGCCAAAAGAUGUUUUCACUUCUUUUGCGUGGAAUGGCAUCCUUAAAAAGAUCCUUAGGCAAAAAUUCUAAAUCGUUGACAAUAUUUCUAACACUGUUUGCAUUAAUUUCACAAUCUAUUGGGAUUGGUGAGGUCAUAUGGGCUGUGAAUGCAGGAGGUGAAGCUCACACUGAUGUUCACGGUAUUGUUUAUGAAGCUGAUCCACUGGAGCAAGACAAAGUUGGCAUAUCCUCAGAUUAUGGCAAAACAUUGAUGAUAGGCCGUGUAAACCCCCAAGAUCAAAUUUUAUAUCAAACAGAGCGAUAUCACAUGUCAAAUUUUGGAUAUGAAAUUCCAAUAAAAGGAAGUGGUGAUUUUACCUUGGUUUUGAAAUUUUGUGAAGUCUGGUUUACAUCUCCAAACAAAAAGGUUUUUGAUGUAGCAUUGAACGGAGAACACACUGUUGUACAUGAGUUGGACAUAUUUUCCAAAGUUGGACGAGGGGUUGCACACGAUGAAAUCAUUCCUUUUUCAGUUAGAAGUGGGAAGCUGAAAGUUAAUGGUGAAACAUCAACAAUCAUUGAUCAGAAAAUAAGCUUAGACUUUAUUAAGGGUGAUGCUGACAAUCCAAAAGUAAAUGCAGUAUUUGUAAUGAAAGGAACAAUUGAUGACAUUCCAAAGUUACCUCCCUUGCCUGGAACUGAAACACAGAGAGACUUUGAUGAUGAAGAGGAAGAAGUGGAAGAAAUUGACCAACAGAAACCAAAGAAAAGAAAACCCUCAGGGCCCAAAGUAAAAGAUCCAUAUGCAGCAGAUGAUACAAGUAGUAUCUUAUUACCUGUUUUUGUUGCAGUCGGAGCAUUCUUUCCAUUAUUGUUUUGUUUAUGUAAAUUGUGAUGAUUUCAAAAUUAGGUUAUUAUCUAUUUUGUUUUGAUCAUUCUUUUUCUGUCGGUUGGGAUGUAUUUAAGUUAUUAAUUCUGAUAAAUUUAUUAAAUUCUGUCAUUAGUCAUGUUAGUUUUAUAAAAAAAGGAUGCAUCCUGUAGUUAUGAAAAAAACUUGGUUUCUGCGUAUGAGGAAGCAGGAUCAUAUUUUCCAGUAUUUUAUAAGAAACAUUUUUCUUUCAUUUUUUGACAAAACAUCUGAUGUGAUUUUUUUUUAGAAAUUUCAGAGCAAAGGUACAAUUAAAAAAAAAUCGUUUUGAAUAAUAUUUUCUGCUACGCAAACUUUAACAUGUAACAGAAAUGAGUUCGUAAAUGCUGUUGCAUUAUUUUUCAAACUAAUUAUUCACAAAAAAAAUCAUUGCUUUAAUAAUUUGAUACGAUUUUUUAAAUAGAAAUAUUGCUUUAUAUCAUGUUUUUUUUUAUGUUGUUUUGAUGCCCGAAAUUUCCUGAUGUGACGCAUCUUCAAUUUAUUGUGCAAUGUUAAUGUUUAUUGUUGUAUUUUUUUAUUUUUGCAUAGUUUAUCUAUAAGUGUAAAAAGUAGGUUUCGUCUAGUUAUCUGAUUCAGGACUGUUUUAUAUUAACCUAUGUGGGAUCCAGAGAAGGCACUUCUAAAUCUCAACUAGGGUUUGGUGUCAUAUCCUUUUAUUGUAAAGUGAAAAUGUAAGUGACUUUCUAAAAUUGCCUCUGUAGAGGGUUCUCUGUAGGUGGUCACCCUAUUUUCAAAGUGCAUUCCAUGGUACAUGUAUGUUUUGAUUGAACACAGUCCUCAUUAUGUUUUGUUUAUAUUAGAUGUGCAAUUAGAUAUUUAUCUUAGAUUUACUAUCAGAUUUAUCUAAAGUAUAUAUUUACUUUAUAUAUUGAAAAAAGUCCUAACAUUUCUAAAUCAUUGACAGGAAAAAUGUCUCUUAUGUAGAAUAAAUACCAAACUAACAAAAUUUUAAACAUUCGAACAAUGGAAGGAAAAAUUUUUACAUAUUAUUUGAUGUAAAAAUGAAAUGUUUUCUAAUUUGCUGUUUCAGAAUCUAAUGCAUUCUGGGUAAUAAUUUCAAAAGUGUACACCAAAAUGUUGCGAUUAGUUAAAACGUUCUAAACCAAUGACGUGACGAUAUUUUCAUAUGGGGUACGAACAAUAAGAUUACCCAUUGUCCUUUAGAUUCUGUAACGGCCAAUUCAGGGUUGAUUGAAUCACGCGUGUACAAGAAAUAAUGUUAAUAACAAAUUAACCUAUCAUAACAUUAAAGAUUUUAUAUUUCAAUUAGUUCUCGAUUGACUAACAAAUAAUUCCAUUCCUUUUUCAUCAAUUUAUGUUGAUUUUGAAUUCAGUAAAGUACCAAAUUCAAAAUAACACACUAAAUGCUUUAAGUGUCCAAAUGAAUUAUAUGACUAUGUCACCUUCUUUAGAUAUAGCAAUAACAUGAUAACAUUUAAUAUCAUUAAGGUUUUUUUUAAUCUAAAUUACUAUGGGUUAUUUUAUUUUUCAUACCCACAAAUGUAAAUAGAGUCAUAUCAUUGGUUGAAUUUCCAUUGUUUAUGAUGUUGUUAUCCAAUCACAAUGUUAAGUCGUAAUUUUUGAAAUUAUUACCCACAAUUCUCAAGAUUCUGUAAUGGCCAAUUGCAAGCAGAUUUUAAGAGACAAAAAACGUUCUAAUAUUUGGUACUGUAUAAGUUUUAAACUUAUUUUUGUUUAAUUGCAUAAUAUGUACAAAACAAAAAACCGUUAUCUUUAAAAAAAAAUAAAAAGCUGUUUAUAAAAUAAUCCAUUGAUUACAGAAAACAUAUCUUGAUCUUAUAAAAUCAUGAAAGUAAAUCAUAGCAAAGAUACUAAAAAAUUUGAUAAUGUGUUACCAUCAUGUACAGUAGUUUAUAAUGUGUUGCUAUCAUGAUCUGUAUUCAAUAAGAUUUGUUAAUUUUAGUUUUCUCUAUUAUAAGCUUGUAUAAUGUUUUAAAUAUUACAUAGUAUGUUUAUAUUGUUGAAAAAUAUAUAUGCAAAUUUGAUAAUGGAUUGAAAAGGAAACCUCUUUUUUUUGUACUGUUUGUAGCAAUUGCACAUCUAUUCUGUAUUUUUUUUUCAAUAGAUGUAUCCUAAAUUACUUGUAUUAUAUGUAUUAACAGUAUUGUCCAUUACACUGCGUUAGUAAAGUGGAAAGUGCAAGUUAACAUUUCUCAAUAAAAUCAUUCAUAUUAGUGAAUUAAUUUUGAUUGAAUACACACCAUAUUUACCUCUUCUUUGUUAUUUCACAAAUGAUUUUAACUUAAGAAAUUCUUAUUUAAAUACAAAGUUAUUUUCUUUUAUGGAAUAGCUUUUUUAAUAUGUUUUCCUUUACAAAACAAACUUCAAUCCUCAUAGUGUCUAAGUUAAGCCAUGUGUUCCUUAGUAUUAAUUACACAAUACACUUAUCCAUUGAUACACAAGUAAUGAUAAGGAUUCUAUUGUUUUUUAAGUUAUUGGCAGUUAAUGUGGUGUGUCCGUUUUUAGAGUUCGUCAUCUUAAUACAAUGUAUGCACACAAAUAGUAAAAUUUACACAUAUUAAUACUUAUAUUGUUAAAAGAUAUUUAAUUUGUUUCAGUAUUGAAAUUGUAGUGAUUUUUUCCUUAGCUGUAAUAAAUACUGAAAAUCAUCUAUUGGGUAGUUAGAACUAGGGAUAUUCUCCAUGUUAUUUAUUCUGAACUGUCAUACCAAAUUGAUUUCAUCCAUUAUUUUGAUAAUCCUGAUAAUACCAAAGCAAUUUUUUUUAUAUAUGGAAAUUUCAAGCAUGCUCCAAUUGUUUAAAAGGGCAAUCAAACCACAUUUCCUUUUUGUUUAUAUCUAAGUAUCCAUUUUACAUAAAUACGAAAGCCUAUCUUAUAACAUUAUGUGCAAUGCAUUGAUAAGAGUUUUCAUAAAUGAAAUAAAUGUGGCAUGUUUGAUCUCACUUUCAGUAUAAAUAAAUGUGGCAUGUUUUACCUUUCUUUCAGUUUAAAUAUAUGAAUGUGUAUAGUUUUAAGAAGAAAAGAUCAUGGUACAUGAGAUAAAGAAAAUUUUAUUUUGUUUAUUGGUAUAUACAUUUUCUUACGAGUCCCAAAAAUAGAUUAUGCAUAAUCUACUUUGUAUUAAACAUUGAUGCAUUGUUACUGACUUAAAACACUGUUCUCUUCAAGAAUGUGGGUGAAUAAAUAGGAAGUUGUAUGCUUAUAUUUAGAGGUUCCUAAUCUUAUUUGAGUUGAUAUAUUUUAUAAGAAUUAAUGUACAGGAAAAAGAAAUGGCUAAAAAAUAUUUUAAAAAAAUAUACCACAUUCUGAUUUGCUGUUUUGAAUUUUUAUUGAAAUUGUUAAAGGUACAGGUUUGCAAAUAAGGUAUAUAGUUGGUAAUAAUAAAGAGUUAGGUUUCACUAAUAUGGAAGGGGAAAUAACUCUUUACCACAAGUAAGGGUAAUUACUCUUUUCUGUCAUAAAAUUUAUAAGGCAGUGUGACAUUAAAAAAAACUAUUUUGUUAACCUAAUUGCUGGGUACCUUUUUUAAAAUUUGCAUGGCAUUAUAAGGAUGAAUUUUGAAUAAUAAGUAAUCAUCAACCAAUCAUAUUUUAUAUAGAAUUGAUGAAUAUGAAAUUCUAUGAUCACCAUUUGUGAGUGUUGUCCAAUUGUUUGUGGUUGUAAAUAGAUAUUGGAGGUGAAAGUUUAUAGUUUUGUAAAUUUGAUUAUUGUUAAAGAUAUAAUAUGGAUUAAAAGAUUUUGAUGUAUAUUUUGUGAAAGAACGGUUUGGAAAUGUUAUAUAAAAAGCAAACCACUGUUGUUUCAUUUUAAGUAAAUUUGACAUCAAUGGAAACUGAGUAUGACUCCUUAAAGUUGUAAUAUAAUCUAUAUUCAAUAGUGAGAUUGUAAGUAAAGAAGUCAGAUAUAUGUUAGAGUGAGCGAUGUAAGAGCUUCAAUAAAUAUCAUUAUAUAGACCCAAAGCAACAAUCUCAAUCAUUAAAAUAGAUACGAUUCUUGAUGAUAAUAAUAAGAUCUAAAUAUUAUGUUUUUGUUUGAUAUAUACAAUAAAGUUUCCCAAAUUUGUCUCUCAUACUUCUAUAGAUGGGGAGAUAUUUUGGUAUUCUUUUGGUUAAAAAAAAUUAAGACUGUUUGAAAGCUCCAUAAAAUGUUUUCAUACUUUCAGAAUAAAAUGGAUUCCAAAUCUUUAAAUUCAAUUUAAUCUAAAGCAUAAUAUAAACAUAGAAUUAGCUUUAACAAAACUAUAUGGAACAUUUUUUAUUGUUGACUGAAAUUUUAUGUUGUUAAAUAGAUUUUUUUACCUUCGGAAUGUAAACUUUACUAGCUUUAUUUAAAGGCAUUGAACUUUUCUUGGUUAUGGUUAAAAUGUCUUAGUUUGUUAAUUUAAUAACAAAAGAUUUAAAUGAAUAAAUCCAAAGUUCUUAUGUGAAUAUAUUCUUUUUUUGUAUUUUAACUAGUACAUAGAUCUACAUUUUGCUGCAUUUAAAGACAAAAUUGUGUUUUUUGACCUGUCCAUAACUUUUAGUGUUCAUAUUUUAAGUAAACAGGGAGACAGGACUGUUAUUUAGUCAUAACUUAAUUUUUCUUUACUUUAAACUUUGUAGAUGUAAUAGAAUUUGUUUUAAGAUUUGAGAUAUAUAAUUGAAAAUUAGUUACUUUCUAACUGAAUGUUUUUUCAUAUGACACAUUUACACUAAAGAGUUAGCUUAAUUUAUAAGUUUAUUGCAUUCUGCUUAAACACUGGUUCAGGAAACUUAGGAGAAAAGACAAUAGAGAUACAGCACCCACUGUUUAUACAUAUAAUGAAAUUACUUUUAAAAACAAUAAUUAUCCAACUUCUCUAUCAUUCCACAAUACAAAUGUAAAUGUGUGAUUCUCAUUUCAGUGUGUAACACACAUGUAUGUCUAUUUCAGUGUGUAACACAUAUGUAUUUCGAUUUCAGUGUGUAACACACAUGUAUGUCAUUUUUUACAGAAUUAUGUGUGAAUCUUAAUUUCCUAAUAUAUUUUAUGUGAAAAUGUUGGAUGAAUGUGUUUGUGAAAGUAUUAUGAAAUGAGGGAAUAAAAGUCAUUUAAAAAGUGUUA